UAACUCUACUCCUUGACAGGGAGCGGAAAAUUCCUUAUUCUGAUGACUGGAGAUAAAACCAUACAAGUCACUCAAAAAGUGCUCAGUAUCCCUCAGUACAUGAUGUAAUUUGAUCAAACUAGGUCUCAAAUACGUAAAUAUGUAAAUAGAUAGGGGCUCAGCACACCAAUGUCUACCUGAAACGAUCGGUCUUAAAGGUGGAUUGUGACCAUCCUUAUGUAUCUUUGGUAAACCCUGAAUAAAUGGGAGUCCACCAAAGGCCACAAUCUCAAAUGCCCGACGAAGAAUAUUUCGAGACUCUAAAGCUCAUGUGCCCUAUUCAGAUGAUGAAAUCAGCUAUUCACCACUGAAAACAUCUGCUGCAGACCUCUCACUCUCAGAUGAUGACAGUUUUGAUACCUUUAAAGGCAAGUUUGUCAUUGCUCCCCACCAAGUAUCAACCCCAAUCAGGAAGGCUACAGGGGUUGCUUCUCCCUACCUAGAAGCACGUGCAGUCAGAAGAUCCAGCAGCGGCAGUGAUAAUGGGGCAUCUGGCAUCCAGUCUACCGGGUGGCAUAUUUCACAACUGUCAUCAUCCCCAUUCCAAAGAUCUAGCAGCCGCUCUCCAGGCAGAGUCAGUGGUACCUCACCUCAGGGGAUCCCCUCUAUCUACCUACAAUCAAACCAGGCCCGAAGAUCGAGAUCCAGCAGUGGCAGUGACAUGGGGGCAGUUAGUGGCAUCCAGUCACCAGAGUGGUAUUUGGAUGAAGCUGAUGCCAUUCCACCCAAAGGGAUACCCUCUGCUUACCUAGAACCACAGAGAAAAUCUGGCAGUAGCAGUGAUGAGAUAUAUGGUGCCUGCCAGUCUCCAGACUGGGACAUUUCACACCUGGCAUCAUCCCCUCUCAGAAGAUCAAGUGGCAGUGGUGGCAAAAGCAGGCUGGUGGCAGUUGGUGGUAUCCAGUCUCCAAGGAAGUCCCCACAGAUCUCACAGAAAGAAAUUAAUGAAAGAAUUGUGGGGGAGAUAGCCUACCAGCUUGAUCAAAGAAUCCUGAGUUAUAUUUUUCCCGAAGAGGUCAGUCUGACUGAUCUUACAGUGAAAAAUGCCACCACAGAUAUGUUGGAGAUUGCUAAAGAUCCCAUGACAGGCGAGAUAGAUUCCAAAAUGCUAUCUCAAAUGGGGCAAAAUUAUGUCGACAUUCUGGAUCGGCUGAGGAUCAAUCAAGGCUAUGAUGACAAAAUCCACCCAGUAUUUACUGAAUGUAUUUUCAAGAGUUAUGGUGUAUUGUUACGGAGACCACAGCCUGGGACGCAGGAAUAUCUGGCAUACAAUGACUACAACUAUCUGCACGAUGUUAUUGUGAGCACUGUCCCAGAAGACAUUGCUCCAGGGUGUAUCUGUCUGCUAAAUUGCUUAUACCAUUUCUCUAAGACAGAUGAAAAACCCAUGUUCUGCUGGUGAAGUUAUCGACUGAUUGCAAGACAGAUGGCUUCCCGCAUUUAACAACAGAAACUAAUUUAAAAAUAAUGUACAAAACUUGGCUUCCUGAGGUAUAUGCAAAUACAGCUACAUAAAUAAUAAAAGUACCCUACUAAAACUAAAAACAAAGUUAUAAAAUCCAAACUAUUAACAAAUAUGGUAUUUCAAAUUGUGCCUGCUUAAUAAAAGUACCCUACUAAAACUAAAAAACAAGGUUAUAAAAUCCAAACUCUAUUUCAAAUUAUGCUUAGCAUAACUACAUAAAAAAUAAAAGUACCCUACUAAAACUAAAAAACAAGGUUAUAAAAUCAAAACUAUUAACAAAUAUUGUUCCAAUUAUGCUUACUUAUGCUACAUAAAUAAUAAAAGUACCUUACUAAAACUAAAAAACAAGGUUAUAAAAUCCAAACUAUUAACAAAUAUGAUAUUUCAAAUUGUGCCUGCUUAAUAAUAGAAGUACCUUACUAAAACUAAAAAAACAAGUUUUUAAAAUCUAAGCUAUUAACAAAUAUGAUAUUUGAAAUUGUGCCUGCUUAAUAAUAAAAGUACUCUACUAAAACUAAAUAAGGUUAUAAAAUCCAAACUAUUACCAAAUAUGAUAUUUCAAAUUAUGCCUGCUUAAUAAUAAAAGUAUCCCACUAAAACUAAAAAACAAGGUUAUAAAAUCCAAACUAUUAGCAAAUAUGAUAUUUCAAAGCGUGCCUGGUUGAGAAGAGGUCUCUUAGACUUCUACGUGGCACCGUAUUUAGAUAUCAAUUUUUAAUAAUUUAAUUGGAUUAUUACAGACUUGUUUUUAUCUUUUACAAGCACAAGUUUUUUAUUUGUAUACCUAUAUUUGUAUGCUGUCAUAUACACCUCAGGAAGAUGAACUCAUUAAAAAGUUUGUGUGGAGAGGUUUCUUACACUUUUCAUGGCAAGAGCCUUCCUUCUUCACUUAAGGCUCAUUCUGUUAGACCUAUGAUUUCUUCUGUUAAUUUUUUCAAGGGCUUAGACACUAAUUGGAUCCUUGAA